GCCGGGUCAGGAAUGGGGCCGCGCCUGCGGCACGGGCGCCCCAGAGCUGGGCGCUGCGCCCCGGGAGCCGCCCCGGGUGCCCGCCUGCCGGGCAAACACCGUUUUACUUUUGGUUUCUAGCCGGGGCCAGCCCCCGCCGGGCAGGGCAGCUCCUGCCCGCCGGCCGGCCGCGGCUGCAGGGCACCGCGCCGCCCCGUCCCGCCGCCCGGGACACGGCCGGGGAGGGGGGACACGCGUGGAGUUGUGGGGUGGAGGGCAACGGGGAACGAACAAACUAACUAACUAACGAGAGUAUUUUUGAAACAUUUCAUCCUCUAUUGUUCGACCGCCGUAGAAAGCUGCCCUGUGGAGAGGCGUCUGAUUUUCGAGGGAACUCUCUCUCCCAGUGUGAGCGCCGUAAAUAUCUCAACAGAUGCUCGGCUCGUUCGUAAUCAGCUCGGCUCCUCGGCGGGCAGCGCGGCAGCAGCGGCGGCGGCGGCGGCGGCGGCAGCAGGGUAUUAAUUCGGGAUAUGAGGGCUCUCCGCAACAUUUGGUUCUUUUUUCCAGAAAGGAAAGAUGGAAAAGGGGAGGGAUCGCCCGUGAGUCUGACUGACAGUUUACAUAAUGAGCUUGUGAGGAUGCGAGGCAACUAUAUAAACAGCUCGAAGCGAAGCAAGUUUUCCAUUUACUGAGCGCUGUUAGCACCGGUUAAAGGAGGAGCGGUUCCACACUAAGCACUCCCCUCCGCGUCUCUCACCAAACCCACCCGGCUUCGGAGUUUAUAAAGGCGACGACAGCGAUCAGAGGUCGGCGGCUGGCUACAGGAUUAAUUUCCAGAAGGGGACGGAUCGACACCUGGAUUUUACCUUCCGAUUUCUGCUGGUGCUCGGGGAAUAUUUGGAAGAGCAGGUUGCUCCCGGAGAAUCGCCGUGUCCCCCCUCUUUUCUCCCUCGACCGAGAAGCGCUUGCUUGGUCCAUUUGAGGAAUACAGAAGGAAAACUAAACCCACUAAGAACUGGGAGCUCGAAUAACACAAGGAUGACAGCCUUGCGCAUCUUUGGCUUGACGUUUCUGUUAACGAUUUUGCAGCAGAGGGUGUCCAGCUCCGGCGUCUUCCAGCUGGAGCUACACGAAUUCGUGAAUAGCCACGCGUCUCUGGCCAGCGGGAAGCCCUGCUCCCCCCACUGCAGGACCUUCUUUCGCGUUUGUUUGAAGCAUUUUCAGGCAGUGGUUUCCCCGGGCUCCUGCACUUUCGGCAGCAUCAUCACCCCGGUUCUGGGAAUAAACUCCUUCAGCAUCAAGGAUACAGAGAGAUUUGACAGCCCCAUUAAGCUGCCCUUUAACUUCACGUGGCCGGGAACCUUCUCCCUGAUCAUCCAGGCCUGGCACGCGCCGGCGGACAACUACCUGCCGGAAGGCUCCCGGCCGCCCCCGCAGGAGUGGCUCAUCAGCCAGAUGUCGAUCCAGCGGUCGCUGUCGGUGGGCGAGGACUGGUCGCAGGACGUCCAUCAGGGCCCGCUGACCAAGCUGCGCUACUCCUACCGCGUGGUCUGCAGCGAGAACUACUACGGCGAGAGCUGCUCCCGCCUCUGCAAGCGCCGCGACGACCGCUUCGGGCACUACGUGUGCGCGGCCGACGGGAGCCUGGCCUGCCUGCCCGGCUGGGCCGGCGAGUACUGCACCGAGCCCAUCUGUCUGGCUGGAUGUACCGAACAGAAUGGAUAUUGCAACAAGCCUGGAGAGUGCAUCUGCCGUCCUGGUUGGCAAGGCCGCUACUGUGAUGAAUGCAUUCCCCAUAUAGGCUGCCGCCACGGGACUUGUAAAACACAAUGGCAGUGCAUAUGUGAUGAAGGAUGGGGUGGCCUCUUCUGUGAUCAAGAUCUGAACUACUGCACUCACCACAGGCCAUGCAAGAAUGGAGCAACUUGCAUGAACACCGGCCAGGGCAGCUACACGUGUGCGUGCAAACCUGGCUUCACCGGCGUCGACUGCGAGCACGAGAUCAGCGAGUGCGACAGCAAUCCCUGUAGGAACGGCGGCAGUUGCACGGAUAUGGAGAACGGUUAUCACUGCCUGUGCCCCCCUGGCUACUAUGGCAGUCACUGUGAGCACAGCGCUCUGACAUGUAUAGAUUCUCCGUGCUUCAACGGUGGCACGUGCUUGGAAAAGGAGCAAGGGGCCAGCUACACUUGCGUUUGCCCUUUCGGCUUCACAGGGUCUAACUGUGAAAAAAAAGUAGACAGGUGCACAAGCAACCCGUGUGCAAAUGAUGGUAGUUGCUUUUACCUUGGGCAGAUUCGUGUGUGCCGCUGUCGGGCUGGUUUCUCUGGUCAGAAAUGUGAGAUAAACAUCAAUGAUUGUGCCAGAAACCCAUGUUCCAAUGGGGGAACUUGUCAUGAUCUAAUCAACGAUUACACCUGCACAUGCAUGCCAGGCUACAGUGGCAGGAACUGUGACAUCAAAACCAGAGAUGAAUGUGCUUCUGGGCCAUGUGAGAAUGGGGGCACAUGCUACAGUGGACUUUAUAGUGCCAACUUUGUUUGCUACUGUCCUUCUGGCUUCAUGGGCAACCGCUGUGAAUUGCCAGUUUAUUCAGUGCCCGUUACGCUUCCUCCUAAACCAGUCCCCUGGAUUGCUAUAUCCAUGGGGGUGGGGCUGGUGGCUUUGCUCAUACUGUUCUGCAUGAUAGCAAUGGUCAUCAGGCAGAUGAGGAUGCACCCAGAGCAAGAGCUGGAGACAAUGAACAACCUGUCUGACUUCCAGAAGGACAAUCUCAUUCCAGCUUCCCAGCUGAAAAACACCAAUAAAAAUAAAGACCUUGAAGUGGACUGUGGGCUGGAGAAAUCAAACUACAAACCCAAGAACCAUAAACUGGACUACAAUCUGGUAAAAGACCUGACAAGUAGAGGGACACCGGAAGAUAAAUAUUACAAAAGUGAAAAGUGUUUAGGAGAGAAAUCUCCCCUCCGACUACACAGUGAAAAGCCAGAAUGCAGAAUAUCAGCGAUAUGCUCUCCAAGGGAUUCAAUGUACCAGUCCGUCUUUGUGAUAACAGAAGAAAGGAAUGAGUGCAUCAUAGCCACAGAGGUAUAAGACUGAAGAUCAGACCAUUUGCACCUCAGAUUUGAUGAUGCCAGUAGAUGGACGUUCCUGCUGCAUUGUUUACAAUUCAGAACUGGAUUGGACUGUUUUUAAUUACAUGCAACUUGCUGCUCUCAGGCGGAGGAUGGAACUGAGUGAACUGGACAGACUGUGAAUUUACUGAAAGAUGCAAUACACCUUUUUGUUCUUACUGCCCUUGUUUGAAGUUUGAUACCAGAAAUCUCACUUGCUAUUGAAAAGGGGAGGCAGAGGGAAGAGAGAGGUUAAAAAUGUUGGUGUUUUAAAAGAUGCUGAGGCCAGUUCCUCAUGGACAGACCCCUGGCUUUCCAGAACUCUGGUUAUGGGAGGUGCUGGUAGAUAAGGAGGCACGUAACUGUCACAGAUGUUGCCAUGGAAGGUGCGAAGCAAGACACAUUGCUAUGCAGAUAACGGAUACAGUAUAAAUGAGGUCUCAAUUUUUUCUGGGUUUAAAAGUGCCUAUAAUGUGUCAAGAGAAUCUAACAAGCCCAAACAGAAACUUGACUGCUCUUUUUGCAGUUACCUGAACAGUACUGGGCAGAGGUAGUUGAUACUUCCUGCUAAACAUCCAUUUGCAUCUCCUCUCUCCUGCUGCAUGUACUGGAGACUGUGUAAGGGGUGAGAGGAGGAGGAAAGAAGAAAACCGAAUCUACGUGUCAACUCAUUUGGUGAUGCUUUGGAGAACUGAUUGACUCAAGCCACAAUGUGGAACAUGAUUUUUGUGGAAGUUGUGAUAAGGAAUGUGUACUGCCUCGUCCCCAUUGAUAGGGAGGAGGUGAUCCCAGCUCUAUAUAAGGCCUUACAAAUGCGUUUAAAAUCAAUCAGCUCCUAGAACCUUUAUGUGCUGAGCUGCCUCAGCCGUUUUCAUGCCCUUUGCACUACCAGUGAUUGUGAAUAGACAUUACUUGUUUUCUUCUCCUUCCUCAUUCUCUUCCCCCUGCCUUAUUUUGACACAAAUUCAGGGGUUUAUGUAGUGUUUCUGAAUUAGGUGCCACCUUUUACUGCAAAUAGUCUCAAAAUUGCAGCUGUUACUUUCUGAAGAAGCAGCAGCAGUGUGACAGAACCCACUUACUCCCCCCCCCCCACCAUUUCUCCAUCUGGUUGCAAAACUCCAACUCUUGUUCUUCAUCCCAGUUCUAAAUGCCUAGUAGUGAAGCACUCGCUGAGAUGCCCCCUGCCAAAACAGGUGGAGAUUAAAGUUAGAAGGUUUUAGGCUCAUCCUGUUUCUUUCAUACCCACCCAGUGCUCCAUGGAAAAUGCGCUGUGUCUGUCCCUGGCAGCCAGAGGCGGGCAGAAGCUCCUUUCUUCUAUACAUAUUUACAGCAAUAAUACCGGACACCCCAGUGGAAAGUGCCGUGACACUCAUGAAUGAGACCAGGGCAAGGGGCAGAAUGAGGAGGGAGAAACAAGAUCCCUGAGAGGAAACCCGGACUGUGCUAUCUCUCUGACAGCGAUAUUCCUGCCCUUGUAAAGCCUGUUGGACUAGCCCAUCUACUCCCUUGAACUGUGCAGACAAGACCCCUUCAUAUUGUCCACUACUGACCUUCUGCUCUGACCACGUAGGACCAUUUUGAAGAUGACCUUCAGAAAUCAAUAAUAUGGGUUUUAGUUUGUCUGUUUGUAGUUUAUUUUGAAGACUAGUAUUUCAGUAAUUUAAAAAAAAUCAGAAGCACUGAACUUUCUACGUUUUAUAACAUUAUUUUGUAUAUAAUGUAUAUUUAUAAUCAAAACAGAAGUGUAAAUAUGUUUAUUACUUCUCAUGUAAUGUUUUUAAUGUGAUGACAAAGUUUGAAUUUUAUUUUUUUUUUCAAGCAAUGAAAAUACUUUCC